CCCCCAUAUAUUAAUUGAUUAUAAAGAAACGGGGGAGUCUGUAGUGGUGGUUACGGCCCUGGUUGAAGACACAUCGUUGUAUUGAAUGCAUGUUGUUGAGUAGUAGUUGGGGGAUUUCCCUCAGAAACGCUGCCCACGCAGACCCACGGUCAUUGUGUACACACCUAGAACAAAGUAUAGGCUACAUCUCAAACAUCAGCACACAACAUCAUAGGCUUUUCUCCCUUGACCGCACAGGAGGGCCGCGCAAAGGUGUCGGGUCGCCGCAGAUUCUGGCUGGCUCGGGUUACUGCAAGUGGUUUAAUGUCCGAAUGGGGUUUGGAUUUAUAUCGAUGACCAGCAGCGAGGGGAAGCCAGUGGACCCUCCACUAGAUGUGUUCGUUCACCAAAGUAAGCUGGUGAUGGAGGGCUUCAGGAGCUUACGGGAGGGCGAGCAGGUUGAAUUCACCUUCAAGAGGUCGAGUAAAGGUCUGGAGUCGCUCAGGGUCACGGGGCCGGGCGGGGGCCCAUGCUCGGGCAGUGACCGACGCCCCAAAGGCAAGGCCCCGCCCCUCAAACGCAAACCAAAGGGAGACCGGUGUUACAACUGUGGAGGUCUGGACCACCACGCUAAAGAGUGUGGCCUUCCACCCCAGCCAAAGAAGUGUCACUACUGUCAGAGUGUCACACACAUGGUGGCCCAGUGUCCCCACAAGAGGGCGCUGUCCCCCUCCACGUCUCAGGACCUCCAACGCCCCUCCACCUCCGCUCAGUCCCAGGAAGAGGGGAGCCGGUCGGGCUCGUCAUCCUCUCCGGAGGAAGCAUCUCAACGGGGGAGUCACUCCCAGCGCUGGAGGAAAAGCCGGGACUGAAAGCGACCGAAAGGUUCCUCAUCCAGACGGAGCCCGGACCCGAAAUCAUCUACCUCACAUGGCCGGGUCACCGAGGAGACCCUCCCUCCCUCCCUCCCUUCCCGUGCAGCUAUGGUAUCAGCCGAUGGGGGUCAUGCGUGUACAUGCGUGUUCUCACUGAGC